GUUUUUUUCAUAUUUAUUUGCUAAUGCUGGCCUUUCAAUUUAGAACUAAACCAAAAAAAAAUACAUUAUGUGAUUAUAAACCAAACCGGUGAUAAAAAUGAUAAGAUGAAAUCUUGACCGGUCAAAUGAUCCAACGGUGGUGCGAAACUGGAUGAAUAUCACUCUCACUCUCUCAGCCUAUGUGAGUCUCUCUCUCUGUUUGGUUUGGUAGAACCAAAAGUUCAAACCUUUACUCUCUCUGUCUGCAAAAGGUUCAUCAUUUAGGGUUUAUACAAGUUUACAGAGAGUUUACGAUUCUGAAUCAGUGAUUUUGGAAGAAACCCCAAUCAGCUGAAGAUGAGGAGAUUGUUUGCGAUUUCAUCGACGGGAAACAGAUUUGUUCAUCGGAGUCUUCUCGGAAAAGGUAAAUGUGGAACUGCUCCUCCUUCCUUUAGCCAUUGCAGUUUCUGGGUACGAGAUUUCUCUGGUGUUAGAUAUGAUUACAGAAAAAUAUCGAUAAAUAGGCUAAAUGAUUUGAAGCUAGAUGAUGCGGUUAAUCUGUUCGGUGACAUGGUCAAGUCUCGUCCUUUCCCUUCGAUUGUUGAGUUCAGUAAACUGUUGAGUGCCAUUGCUAAGAUGAACAAGUUCGAUCUUGUCAUCUCUCUCGGCGAGCAGAUGCAAAAUUUGGGAAUUUCACAUAAUCUUUACACAUACAGUAUUCUCAUCAACUGUUUCUGCCGACGCUCUCAGCUCUCUCUUGCUUUAGCUGUUCUUGCCAAGAUGAUGAAACUCGGCUAUGAGCCCGAUAUUGUCACGCUUAACUCUCUGCUCAAUGGUUUCUGUCACGGGAAUAGGAUUUCAGAUGCCGUAUCUCUUGUUGGUCAGAUGGUGGAAAUGGGAUAUCAGCCCGAUUCAUUCACAUUCAACACUCUAAUUCAUGGACUUUUUCGCCACAACAGAGCUUCAGAAGCAGUGGCUUUAGUUGACCGGAUGGUUGUGAAAGGUUGUCAACCAGAUCUGGUUACUUAUGGUAUUGUAGUAAAUGGAUUAUGUAAGAGAGGUGAUAUUGAUUUGGCUUUGAGUUUGUUAAAGAAGAUGGAACAAGGGAAAAUAGAGCCUGGUGUUGUGAUCUACAACACUAUCAUUGAUGCUCUUUGCAACUACAAAAACGUGAAUGAUGCACUCAAUCUGUUCACUGAAAUGGAUAACAAAGGAAUUAGACCAAAUGUUGUUACCUACAACUCCCUCAUAAGAUGCCUUUGUAAUUACGGAAGAUGGAGUGAUGCUUCUCGACUACUCAGUGAUAUGAUUGAGAGGAAAAUCAAUCCAAAUGUAGUCACUUUCAGCGCAUUGAUUGAUGCAUUUGUGAAGGAGGGGAAGCUUGUAGAGGCUGAGAAAUUGUACGACGAGAUGAUCAAAAGGUCUAUAGAUCCUGAUAUUUUCACUUAUAGUUCACUGAUCAAUGGGUUUUGUAUGCACGAUCGUUUAGACGAGGCCAAGCACAUGUUUGAGUUGAUGAUUAGCAAGGACUGUUUCCCAAACGUAGUGACUUACAAUACUCUUAUAAAGGGAUUUUGUAAGGCUAAGAGAGUAGACGAAGGUAUGGAACUCUUCCGCGAGAUGUCUCAAAGAGGAUUGGUUGGCAACACAGUCACUUACACCACUCUUAUCCAUGGAUUUUUUCAAGCUAGAGAGUGUGAUAAUGCCCAAAUAGUUUUCAAACAGAUGGUUUCUGAUGGUGUGCUUCCCGAUAUUAUGACAUACAGCAUUUUAUUAGAUGGGCUUUGUAAUAAUGGGAAGGUAGAGACAGCAUUGGUGGUGUUUGAGUAUCUGCAAAGGAGUAAAAUGGAACCUGAUAUUUACACAUAUAAUAUUAUGAUUGAAGGGAUGUGCAAGGCAGGGAAGGUGGAAGAUGGGUGGGAUCUAUUUUGUAGCCUCAGCCUUAAAGGAGUGAAGCCUAAUGUUGUAACCUACACAACAAUGAUGUCAGGAUUUUGUAGGAAAGGUUUAAAGGAAGAAGCAGAUGCCUUGUUUAGAGAAAUGAAAGAAGAAGGGCCUCUUCCAGAUAGUGGUACAUAUAAUACGCUUAUCAGGGCACAUCUGAGAGAUGGUGACAAAGCAGCAUCAGCUGAACUCAUCAGAGAAAUGAGGAGUUGCAGGUUUGUUGGAGAUGCUUCAACCAUUGGCUUGGUCACUAAUAUGUUGCAUGAUGGGAGAUUGGACAAAAGCUUUCUCAAGAUGCUUUCUUAAAACAGUUUAUCCUCGAGAGAAGAGGAUCGUGAGGUGAAUCAAGUCUUUAUGUUGCCUUACUCUGUUUACUUCUCAAGCUACAUGUGUGUAUUUGGUUGCUGUCGUGUGUGUAAGCUUCAUGAAGAUGACUGAUACUUUGCUUUGUGUAAUUCAUUGUUAGGUUAACACACACGAGAUCAAUUUGUGAGCAUCAGAACAAGAUCUCAGACGUGUCAUUAUUAUGGUUUUACUGUAGUAGAUUUGGUUUUUAACCAAACGUAUUUUAUAAUUCUUGUUUUGAAUGAUUGCUAGCAGUUUCUAGUUCCUUUUGGUUCAAAAAAAUAACUUGAUUUGGAUUCUUAUUCCCAGUGACAUUUGUAACGUGGAUUUUAUUUUGGUGGUAAUAUUUUAAACCGGUUUGACCAGCUCU